CUCUCAUCUUUUUCUCCCUCUUAGUUUUACUUUUCCUCUCCUUCUGUCCUCUCAUUUUUCCUAGGAAGGGCAUUUGCACUGACAACUUCUUGGACUGCUCUGGGACGUUUUUCUGAGGAGGCAAGCUCUUGGCUGUAACAGUUCAUUGCAGUCAUGGCACCUAAGAAGAAGAAUGUGAAAAAGAACAAAACAGAUAUCAAUGAAAUGACUAUCAUUGUGGAAGAUGGCCCCCUGAGUAAACUAAAUGGCUUGAAUGGACUCUUAGAGGGAGGAAAUGGUUUCAGCUGCAUCUCAUCUGAAGUUUCCGACUCAUCUUAUAGCCCAAAUCUUUUGGAAGGUCUAAGCAGGAUGAGACAAGAAAAUUUUCUUUGUGACUUGACUAUCAGUACCAAAACCAAAUCUUUCAGUGUUCACAAGGUAGUGAUGGCUUCAAGCAGUGACUACUUUCACAACAUCUUAAAAAAAGAUCCAACCACGCAAAGAGUAGACCUCAAUGAUGUAUCCCCAUUGGGUCUAGCUACUGUUAUUACUUAUGCUUAUACUGGAAAACUUACUCUCUCACUUUAUACAAUAGGUAGUAUUAUUUCCACAGCAAUCUAUCUUCAAAUUCACACCCUUGUAAAGAUGUGCAGUGAUUUUCUAAUCCAAGAAAUCAGUGUUGAGAAUUGUAUGUACAUUGCCAAUAUUGCAGAAACAUAUGGACUGAAAACAACCAAAGAGGCAGCACACAAAUUUAUUAGAGACAACUUCAUUGAAUUUUCAGAAACGGAUCAGUUCUUAAAACUUACUUUUGAUCAGAUUAAUGAACUUCUUGCAGAUGAUGACUUGCAGUUGCCUUCUGAAAUUGUUGCAUUCCAGAUUGCAAUAAAAUGGCUAGAAUUUGACCAAAAAAGAGUAAAGUUUGCUGCAGAUCUGUUAGGUAACAUCCGUUUUGGUACCAUCUCAGCUCAAGACCUUGUCAAUUAUGUUCAAACUGUACCGCGGAUGAUGCAAGAUGCAGACUGCCAUAAACUUCUAGUGGAUGCCAUGAACUACCAUUUGCUUCCCUAUCAUCAGAAUACACUGCAGUCCAGAAGAACAAGGAUUCGGGGAGGUUUCAGAGUGUUAGUUACUGUUGGGGGACGGCCUGCACUAACAGAAAAGUCUCUUAGCAGAGACAUCUUAUACAGAGAUCCUGAAAAUGGAUGGAAGAAGCUUAGUGAAAUGCCUGCUAAAAGUUUUAAUCAGUGUGUGACAGUGAUGGAUGGAUUUCUGUAUGUCGCUGGUGGGGAAGACCAGAACGAUGCCAGAAACCAGGCCAAGCAUGCAGUCAGCAAUUUCUGCAGAUAUGAUCCUCGUUUCAACACAUGGAUUCACCUGGCAAAUAUGAAUCAGAAGCGUACCCACUUUAGCCUGAAUGUAUUCAAUGGCCUCCUUUUUGCAGUGGGUGGUCGCAACUCCGAGGGGUGUCUCUCCUCCAUUGAAUGCUAUGUGCCUGCAACCAACCAGUGGCAAAUGAAGGCACCCCUGGAGGUGCCAAGGUGCUGCCAUGCUAGUGCAGUGGUAGACGGUAGGAUCCUGGUCACGGGAGGUUACAUAAAUAAUGCUUAUUCUCGUUCAGUGUGUAUGUAUGACCCGUCUAAUGAUAACUGGCAGGAUAAAUCCAGCCUUAGCACUCCAAGGGGAUGGCACUGUGCUGUAUCCCUUUUGGAGAGGGUCUAUGUCAUGGGUGGCUCGCAGCUGGGAGGGCGAGGGGAAAGGGUGGAUGUUCUCCCUGUGGAAUGCUACAGUCCUUACAUGGGGCAAUGGAGUUAUGUUGCACCCCUCCAAACUGGAGUUAGUACGGCAGGGGCCUCAACACUUAAUGGGAAAAUUUACUUAGUGGGGGGCUGGAAUGAAAUAGAGAAGAAAUAUAAGAAGUGCAUUCAGUGCUAUAACCCAGAUCUCAAUGAAUGGGCAGAGGAAGAUGAACUGCCUGAAGCCACUGUGGGAGUAUCUUGUUGCACAAUAUCCAUGCCCAACAACAAAACAAGGGAGUCCAGGGCUAGCUCGGUCUCUUCUGUGCCAGUCAGUAUUUAA